AUGUUGCCUGAUUUAUCGCCACAUUUACACACAAAAGAAUGCAAUAUAUUGAUUGAAUUUUUGCAAAGAUGUCAUCAAGAAAAACCGCUUGGAAAAAUGGUGGGACAAUGUUCGUAUUGGGAUGAAGCUGUUUGGCAAUGUACGAAAAAGGAGAGAAUUUGGAGAAGGUUCGUUUUUAGGAGUUUCAAAGUUUUGCGAAAUAUCCGAUAUAAGAUUGCUCUGCAGAAAAAUUUGAAAGAAUUUCAGGUUUCUAAAUUUUUGCUGUAAAUUUAUAGAGUUUUUUCGCUGAAAAAAAUUGUAAUAAAAUUUGAACCAUUUUAGAAUUCAACGAAUUUCGUUUUCUGAUACAGUAGUGAUUUCAGCGUUGAAAAUUGAAUCUCGAAGAAAAAAUCUGGUUCUAAAAUUUCGGCGGCAAAAUUACACAAUAUUUUUUGAUACAGUAGUCGUUUUUUUUCUAAAAAAGUAUGUAUGACCUUAAAUAUUAAACUACAAAAAACUAGAACAAGUUAUUCCAUUCCUCUAAUAAAACUAAGUAUGUUCAAGUUCAAUUUUCUAGAGACAAUAAUCCACGAUACAAAAGUCGAGUUGUUGAAUUGCGAAAUCUUCCCGAACAAUAUUGGACACCGGCUCUUUUCAAACUCAAAGAUGAAGGAUUUAUCAAUUCUGAAAUUCCCAAUUCCAAUGGAUGUAAACUAUAA